CCAACGCGCAUGAUACCGCGAUAACGCCAAGCGCGGCGUGAUGUCUGUCGCAGAUGAUGUGGGUGCGGCGGCCAUGUGUCGCGAACAACUGGAUGCGCGGUGGCUGACGUCGGUCGCCGCCCACCUCAUUUUCCAAUUCGCAUGAGCGUCAAACGCGGCACACUGUUUACGAUGACGUGCUCUGGCAGCAUGUUUUUCAAGCGGUUCCAGUGGCGGCCGCGCCAUUGCAUCCUCACAACGUCAGCGCUCCACUGGUACACGCACCAAGACGGCGCGCUCAGAGGCAGCAUCGACUUGACCACGUGCACUCUGCAGUCGCUGGAAGCGAUGCCACGAGAUUGCCCGACGACGGGCCGGUCCGUCGCCACCGAAUGGCGCAUUGCGAUUCAAACGCCGACGGCGCGGUACUUUCUGUCGGCCGUGUCCGAGCGGGACAUGUACGAGUGGCUCGAUGCCCUCAAAGUCGCGAUCAAGCUCAACGACGACCCGAUCGCGAGCCCCGCCUCAUGGACGACUCGAGACCGCGUCAUGCUGUACCGCGUGUGUGGAGCCGGCGACCGCGACCCCCAUAACUUAUUCAAUGCCAAGCCAUGUCCUUCUUCGUCGAUGGCGCUUCACAUGCCAAGCACUGUCCUUCUUCGUCGAUGGCGCUUCACGCAGCAUCGACACAGGACCAUGGCGAGAACGUCCCGCCCGCUUCACGAGACCGUCGCGUCAGCGCCUCGGACGACAGGCUAA